CUUUCAGUUUCAGAUAAAGUCUGUUACAGUGGUUGCUUUGUUUCUAGUUUGUCUUUAAAGGAAAUCUGGAAAGUCCAAUGACAUUACACAGGUAAAAUAAAAGAUCCAUGAUCCAGUGAGAGAGGGAGAAGUAACAGAAACCUCUCCACCUAACCGAAGAGGAAAAAAUAAAAGACCAGGGAACACUCUGAACAUGGCCUCAGAGAUCCACAUGCCGGCCCCAGUGUGCCUCAUUGAGAACACUGAAGGGCAACUGGUGGUUAAUCAGGAAGCUUCGGAGAUCCUGUCAGCCACCAAGAAUCCUCUCGUGGUGGUGGCUAUUGUGGGCCUCUACCGCACAGGCAAAUCCUACCUGAUGAACAAGCUGGCUGGGAAGAACAAGGGCUUCUCUCUGGGCUCCACGGUGCAGUCUCACACCAAAGGAAUCUGGAUGUGGUGUGUGCCUCAUCCCAAGAAGCCAGACCACACCCUAGUUCUUCUUGACACGGAGGGCCUGGGAGAUGUAGAGAAGGGUGACAACCAGAACGAUUCCUGGAUCUUUGCCCUAGCAAUACUCCUUAGCAGCACCUUUGUGUACAAUAGCAUGGGAACCAUCAACCAGCAGGCCAUGGACCAACUGCACUAUGUGACAGAGCUGUCAGAUCGAAUCAGGGCGAAAUCCUCCCCUAAUUCCAAUGGGAUUGAAGAUUCAGCAGACUUUGUGAGCUUCUUUCCAGAUUUUGUGUGGACGCUGAGGGAUUUCUCCUUAGAACUGGAAGCAGACGGACUACCCAUCACAGCUGAUGAGUACCUGGAGAAUUCUCUCAAGCUUAAACAAGGUACCACUCAAAGUGAUCAAAAUUUUAAUCUGCCCCGACUCUGUAUCCGGAAGUUCUUUCCAAAGAAGAAAUGCUUUAUCUUUGAUCGACCCACUCAUCGGAAGAAGCUAGGCCAGCUUGAGACACUGCAUGAUAAUGACCUGGAUCCUGAAUUUGUGCAACAAGCUUCAGCCUUCUGUUCCUACAUCUUUAAGAAUUCCAAAACUAAAAUUCUCUCAGGAGGCAUCAAAGUCAAUGGACCUCGUCUAGAGAAACUGGUGCAGACCUAUGUCGAUGCCAUCAGCCGUGGAGAUCUGCCCUGCAUGGAGAAUGCAAUCCUGGCCUUGGCCCAGAUCGAGAAUGCAGCCGCAGUGCAAAAGGCCAUUGCCCACUAUGACCAGCAGAUGGGCCAGAUGCUGCAGCUGCCCACAGAAACCCUCCAGGAGCUACUGAACCUGCACAGGGCCUGUGAGAAAGAGGCCAUUGAACUCUUCAUGAGGAAUUCCUUCAAAGACAUAGACCAUUUAUGUCAAAAGGACUUAGCGGCCCAGCUGGAAAAAAAGCGAGAUGACUUUUGUAAACAGAAUGUGCAAGCAUCAACGGAUCGUUGCUCAGAUUUACUUAAGGAUAUUUUCAGUCCUCUUGAAGAAGCUGUGAAGCAGGGGGUUUAUUCUAAACCAGGAGGGUACCGUCUCCUCAUCCAGAAAAUACAAGAUCUGAAGACAAAAUAUCUUCAGCAACCUAAUAAAGGGAUACAGGCUGAAGAGGUUCUUCAGGAAUACUUGAAGUCCAAGGAGUCUGUGACUGAUGCGAUUCUACAGACAGACCAGACUCUCACAGAAAAGGAAAAGGAGAUUGAAGUGGAACGUGUGAAAGCUGAAUCUGCACAGGCUGCAGCAAAAGUACUGGAAGAAAUGCAAAUAAAGAAUCAGCAAUUGAUGGAACAGAAAGAAAGGAGUCAUCAGGAACAUGUGAGACAAUUAACUGAGAAGAUGGAAAGGGAUAGAGUCCAGUGGCUGGAUGAACAAGAGAGAAUUCUAGCUUUCAAACUUCAGGAACAGGCUCGUCUACUAAAGGAAGGAUUCCAAAAUGAGAGCAAACGACUUCACAGUGAGAUACAAAAUAUCCAGAAGAGCAUGGAAAAACCAAAGAAAACAUGUUUCUUAAGCUGAAGACCUAAAGGAUAGAGCUCCUGAUCAUUCUUAUCCAAGGCAUAACUUAAGUAACCUUUGAAUUUGGAAAAAUAUCAUUACACUCGAAAGUAAUUGGGUUUUACAUUUUUAUAACACUAGAAAUUUGCAAAGAUGUGCAGUACUGUAAUUAAAAAACAUAUCCAUCUUCCAAAAAAAUAUUAUAAAUUGUAUGACAAAGGUCAAUUUUACCUCUCUAACACAAAAAGUAUAUGAGCUGGUACCAUUCAGGAAAAAUUUAUUCCUCUAGGUGACUACUAGUAGACAAAGGGAAACUGAACAAAGUCUUAGGUAAAAGUUUAGGAACAUAGUUGGACUUCAGUCUGGCCAAGUGUACAAUGGAUUUCAGUGUCAGGAGGACCAUCCUAGCUUCUUAGUGAAAGCAACGUGCGGUUUUCCAUUAUAUCACAGCUGCACCAUCUGUGAGCAAUGAUGUGAUCACUAGGCCCUAGGAAUGGACAAUCCUCCCUGAUGGAUUCUAAGCAGAAGCAAACCACCUUAUAUAGAGAUCUAGAAUCUACAGGAUUUUCAUAAGAAGGUAGAAGAAACCAUUAGCAUGAAUAGGGAUUGGAUCACAAACAAAUGGGCCAAAAAAGGAAACUCCUUUUUUACUUAAUUCACCCAGGUUGUAACUUUAAUGGUACAUUUUAGAGGUUUAGAUAAUUGACACUGGACUGAACAUAGUAACAUGAUGACAAUUAUGCAUUAUGUGUUUGUAACAAUAUAUAAUUCACAAAGAUGGACUUUAAAUGAUGACAGAUAACAUACUAGAAAACUGAGCUAAGUUAAUUAAUAAAUCAUUUAAGAUCCUAUAAAUUAGGGAACCUUUUUCCACUUCUCAACAGUCUAUACUUGAAAGUUUGCUGAUUUUCCCCAAAGUGAUUAUAGAUUGUUUUUUAUAUUUUUUGAAUAACAAAACAAUGCUCUUGGUAUUAGUAUACAUAGACUUUCUCCUAAUUUUCUAAACUCCUAGGUAAAUGGUUGAUAUUUUUCAAAAUGAUUAAAAAUUAUUUUUAAGCUGAAAAUAAAAUAUGCUUCACUGGGCUUUUUUUUUUUUUUUUCAGUUUUCACCCAAAAAUAAGGCUUUACUCUUCACACCAAUGGUUGGCUAACUUAUCUGCAAAAGACCGGGUAGUGGCUAUUCAUGACUUUGUAGGCCCUACAGUCUCUGUCUCAACUGCUCAAUUCUGCCAUGUAGUGUGAGAGCAGUCGUAGACAAUACAUAAAUGGUUGGACAUGGCUGUGUUCCAAUAAAACUUUAUUUUCAAAAAUAAGUAGCACUCAUAAGCCAUAGUUUCCAGAUUAUUGCUCUAUAAAAACAUUGGUCAAAGUUUAUAUAUCUGCCUUAUGUUGCUUACAUUUGUAAGGGAAUGUGUAUUAAAUUGUAUGUUAAGAUCUUGAAAAUAUUAUACAAUGUUUCAAGAUAUUAGAAGAUGAGAGAAAUGCAGAGAAGUAGCUAAUGCCAUUAAAUCCACAUUAAUAAGCCUGA